AUGGGAGAUCAUCAUUUAGGUCGCCUGGGUGCUGGCACGGUGAAACAUUCAUCGAGAUUACAGUUUAUUCUGAAGCUUGCAAGAGGCGGAGACUCCCUCCCAUCUUUUUGGCAGCAAUUUGCUGCGGAUUAUAUUACUAAAGAUAGCAGCUUUCGAUGUUCAAACAUGGCAUUAUAUUUGGCGGUGUGUGGCAAUAGCGCAAAUUGUGAUUUUUCAGACGAAGAUGCGGUCAAAAUAUACAAGACGCCAACGAUAAUGAGCAGUCGCCAGAUAACUCCAGUUGAAUACAUUCAAAAGGUUUAUACAUCUACAAGAUAA